AUGUUCAAGAAGAGUGACACAUCAAAGCAUGUUCUGUGUGCUAAAUCUGAAACUGGCAGCACUUGUGAUCACAGCAAUAAACUCAAAAUUAAGCUUAGGAAGAAGUUUCAACAUAUGCAUGAGGGAAUAGCAAAGCAGGGAAAUGCAGCUCUCUUAAAUGAGAUCUACACAGAGCUCUACAUCACAGAAGGUGAAAAUGGAGAGACUGCUUCAUCUUCCAAGAGAGAAGAAACGGAAGAUACACCAAUCAAUUCUAAUGACAUCUUCAAAUUUUUACCUGGACAAGACCGACCAAUCAGAACUGUAUUAACUAAAGGAGUCGCUGGGAUUGGAAAAACAGUCUCUGUGCAGAAGUUCAUUCUGGACUGGGCUGAAGGGAAAGCAAAUCAGGAUGUCCACUUCAUAUUUUCACUUCCUUUUAGAGAGCUCAAUUUAUUGAAGAACCAAGCAUUCAAUCUACAAUAUCUUCUGCAACUUUUCAUGGGCACUAAACAACUUGAAAUCUCUCCAAAUGAAGGUAAAUUCAUUUUCAUCUUCGAUGGUUUGGAUGAGUGUCGUCUGGGUCUGGAUUUUCACAACAGUGUGAGGUUGUGUGAUGUGACUGAAUCAGCCUCAGUAGACGUGCUGCUGACAAACCUCAUUGUGGGGAAUCUGCUUCCCUCUGCUCUCAUCUGGAUCACCUCCAGACCAGCAGCAGCUGAUCUCAUCCCCUCCGAGUGUGUUCAUCGAGUGACAGAGGUACGAGGCUUCAAUGAUCCACAGAAGGAUGAAUACUUCAGAAAGAGAACCAGUGAUCAGAUCCUGGCUGAGAAAAUCAUCUCACACCUGAAGUCAUCGAGGAGCCUCUACAUCAUGUGUCACAUCCCAGUGUUCUGCUGGAUCUCAGCCACAGUUCUAGAGAAGAUGUUGAGUCAAGCAGAGAGUGGAGAGAUUCCCAAGACUCUCACUCAAAUGUUCACACACUUCCUGAUCAUACAGACCAACAUCAAGCAUGAGAAGGAUUACGAAAAGAAAGUGAACAGUGAAGACUUGAUCCUCAAACUGGGGAAACUGGCUUUCCAGCAACUUACUGAAGGCAAUCUGUUGUUCUAUGAAGAAGAUCUGAGAGAGUGUGGCAUUGAUGUGAUUGAAGCAUCAGUAUACUCAGGGUUGUGCACUUGUAGAGAGGACUUGCAUCAAAGGAGAGUCUACAGUUUUGUUCAUCUAACCAUCCAAGAACACCUAGCUGCUCUGUAUGUGCAUCACUCCUUUACGAAAAACAACAUUAAUGUGUUUAAUGUUACGGUACCAACUUAUGAAACAAAAAAUGAACAGAUUUUAAUAUUUGACCUACAUCAGAAAGCUGUGGAUGAGGCUGUAUACAGUAAAACUGGACAUUUAGACCUUUUUCUUCGCUUCCUUCUGGGCUUUUCUCUGGAUUCCAAUCAGACGCUUUUAGAAGGUCUUCUGAUGCAGACAGAAAGCAGAUUUAGAGGAAUUUGUUGUUUCCAUAAUUUAGAGGAAACAGUCAAAUACAUCAGAAAGAAGAUAGAGGAACAUCCCACUCCAGAGAAAUUCAUCAAUCUGUUCCACUGUCUGAAUGAUAUGGGUGAUUACUCGCUAUUAGAUAAAAUGCUGUGUUAUCUAAGCUCUAAAUCUCUCCUAAACACCCUGUCAUCCUUACAGUGGUCAGCUCUAAUAUUUGUUCUGUUGACCUCAGAGAACUUGGGUGUGUUUAAAUUUAAGAAUUUUGCUUCAGUUAAGGAUCCUGAACAAAGGCUUCAAAUUCUCCUUAAACUGCUGCCUGUGAUUGAAGCAUCAACAUCAGUUCAGCUCGCUGAGUGUGAAUUGACAGAAGAAAGCUGCGUUCCUCUUGCCAAAGCUCUCUGCUCAGAAGCUUCAUGCGUGAUUGAGGUGAACCUGAGUGAAAAUACACUGAAAGAUGAAGGUGUCAAGUUUAUCUCUAAAGGACUGCAGAAUCCUCACUGUAAACUAGAAAUACUGAGUUUGAGGAACUGUGACAUCACAAACGAAGGUUGCACUUUUCUGAACUCAGUUCUUAAAUCAAAGUCCACACAACUGAGAGAGCUGGAUCUGUCUGAGAAUAGACUAGGAGCCUCAGGAUUGAAGCUGCUUUGUGAAGCUCUACUGAGCCCUCAUUGUAAACUGGAAAAACUGAAAAUUAAUGAUUGUGGGGUGACAGCUGAAGGCUGUGCUGCUCUGGCUUCAGUUAUGAAAUCAAACCUCUCACAACUAAAAUAUCUGGACCUGUCUAAUAAUCAAUUCGGAGAUGCAGAAAUCAAAAUCCUUUCUGAUGGACUGAGGAGUCCUUGGUGUAAACUGGAGAUUUUGAGGCUGAGAUUCUGUGACCUUUACACAGAUGAAGGUUGUGAUGUUUUGGCUUCAGCUCUAAAUUCAAACCCACACCUGAAAGCAUUAGAUAUGACGGGAAAUAACCUUGGAAAUUCCAGAAUUAAGUUGCUUUCUGCUAUGCUUAAAAAUCCAUGCUUCAAACUGGAAACUCUGUGGCUGAAUGAUUGUGGUCUCACGGGUGAGGGUUGUGUUGCUCUGGCUUCAGCUCUCAUAUCGAACCCCUCACACCUGAGAGAACUGGAUCUGUCUCAUAAUAAUAUAGGAGAUGCAGGAAGAAAGCUGUUCUCCCUUGCUCUAGACAAUCCUCACUGUAAACUGGAAGUACUAAGGCUGAUAGACUGUGGUCUCACAGAAGAAGAUUGUGCUGAUCUGGCUUUAGCUCUGAGUUCAGACAACUCGUGUUUGAGAGAGCUUAAUUUGUCAGAAAAUAAAAUCGGAGACUCUGGAAUUAAACACCUCUGUUCUAAAAUUAAGAAUCCUCACCCCAAACUGGAAGCACUUUGGCUGAUUGAUUGUGCCAUUACAGAUGAGGGUUGUGAAGCUCUGGCUUCAGCUUUGACAUCAAACCUCUCACAUUUAAAAAUAUUGUAUCUGUGUGACCAAAAAGUAACAAACACAGGAGUGAGCCAUCUUUCUGUCGCAUUGAAGAAUCCUGUCUGUGAACUGGAGACACUGAGGCUGUAUGGUUGUGACAUCACAGGUGUGGGUUUAGCGGCUCUGUCUUCAGUUCUCAUAGAGAAUCCACCCUUGCCAGAUGAUGAUAUGAGUAGAAAAGUAAAAGAUUUCAUGUAA